AUGACGCCUUCGCCCUUGCCUUCCAGCCAGGCUUCAGAGCCACGGCGGCCACGCAGUGCCUCCAAGGUGUCUGUUAAUAUUGCAGAAGGCUCACAGAACAACGGCCGACGCUUCCAGCUGGAAGUCAGCGAGUGUGUCGAGACUAAGACAGUCACAACCACAACCCGUUUAACGCGCAAGUUUCCUCGAGUCUUUGUCCGCGAUCCAACCCCGCUUGAGAGUCUCGAUACAAAAGAAUACCCCUUGGCUAUGAAGCCAACGCCGCCGGAAUUGUUAGAUUUUUCGUACAAUGUGGCCGAAGAGGACCGGGCUGCUGACGAAUGCUUGGAUGAAGAAGAGGAGAAGGACGCUGCUUUGCACGACGUGAACCGGCUAAUCGUCUCCAAACCUAUGAAGCAACCAGGAACUGGUGCCUUCACUCCCACCCCAGUCAAAACGGAACCUUGCCUUCACGAGACGCCUUUACCAAAUCGAAGCAGUCGUCAACCAUCACAAUCUCCUUCCGAAGGGCAUCCCCGACGCACCCGCCAGACUCGUUCCAGCGUUGCUGAUUCGCCAACCUCUUCAGCAUCUCAGGUUGGUACAGGUGCUGUCUUCACGCCUCGAACAUCUCAACGCCUUGCCCGAUCCUCUACUCUCCACGCUGUAUCAGAUAAAUUGAGACGAUCAAUAGCUCAAGGAAGCUCGAAUUCUGGAGGAAGCAGUAAUAUUGGAGGACACACGACGACUUCCGGCAUGCCGCCCUCCAACCGCCGUGAUGCCAGCGACCGGCCACCGAGAGGCGGAUCUGGGUUCCUGGCCACUCCCGAUACUUCGGAGCUCAUUGGUUCCGUCUUGGACCGACCAAAUCAACGGAACCGCUCUCUCCCUUCGGACCGCCCUCAGUCGAUGCUGGACUCAUCUUCCAUGCCUUCAGCCCCCUGUGACGCCGCCAGCCCAGCUGGUAGCGACUCUCACACUGUUUUCAGCAGUAACGUGGCUACCCCGCCGAUUACUGAUGCCGACCCCGAGCCUUUUGCGGACGCCGACGACUCACUUCAGCAAUCUCUUCGUGCUGCGAUACAUCACCGACCUACAAUAGAUGUCGUCGCUGCUCAAGAUGCAAGCCUUCCGAGCCCAAGGCUGUCUCCAACCCUUGCCGCCUCCCAGCUGCAUUCCAACGAUGCCGACGAUGGCGCACAGUCCAGCUUUCAGACCUCCGCCAGCGAUAGCACACUGCCUUGGGCUGACGGCACCCAAACUGCGGAGGAUAGCAAGGCUCUGCAGUUGCUCUCAUCCUUGCAGUCGACGGAUCAUGGACGAGCCUUGAGGCGGCCACAGCUCAGUGAUCAGCUUGGACCUGUCGUGCUUGACAUACAGACCCUCCUUGAAGCGUUUGACUCGAUGAAGACCGAAAUGAAAACUUUCAUGAUGUAUCAAUUUCUCCGCAGAUGUCCACGUCCCACGUUGCGAUUGAUUGCCGAUACGGUGGAACCUGCUCUCAAGUGCGACUUUUUAAGGCAACUUCCCUUGGAGUUGAGUUACCAUGUUUUGGGCUAUUUGGACCAUAGAGACCUUUGCAGAGCGGCUCAGGUCUCCAAGCACUGGCGUAACAUUGUGGACCGGAAUGAGACGGGUUGGAAAGAGCUGUUAGACCAAGAUGGCUACAUCAUGGCACCUGGCGAACUGAAAAAGGCUAUUUUUCAAGGUUGGGGUUGGCAGGAUCCAGUUGGCGCCGCGGGUUACGAACGCGACUUGAGCAUGCAAGGCCGGCUUACGUCUUCGGAAUUUGAACUAACCCGAGCAUUGCGCAGCGAGGUUACACCAAAGUCCAGAAGUUCGAAGCGGAAGCGAGGCCUGAAUACCUAUUCCGCCUCGGAACGAUCAAAACGCAGGGCUGGAGCGUCCCAAGAAUCGACAAGUACCGCACCAAGAGACUCAAGGAUGGAAUCUGAGGUGAGGCAGCACAAGUCCGAAGGCCCGCUUUCCGCUGCGAACGCAGCAGCUGCAGCGGUCCCAGACCCUCAGCUUGGGUUGCCUAGUCUUCGUCAGUUACAUCUGUUCAAGUCUAUAUAUCGCCGCCACCAUAUGAUUCGCAAAAGCUGGACAAGCGGAGAGGUCAAACCUGGCCACGUUGCGUUUGCCGCCCACCCACGACAUGUCAUCACAUGCCUACAGUUUGACGAUGAUAAAAUAAUCACGGGCAGUGAUGACACAUUAAUCCACAUUUACGACACCAAAACGGGCAAACUGCGGAAAAAGCUCGAGGGCCACGAAGGCGGAGUAUGGGCUCUACAGUACGAGGGUAAUAUUCUUGUGUCGGGAUCCACGGAUAGAUCUGUUCGCGUAUGGGACAUUGAGCGUGGCCUCUGCCAGCAGGUAUUCUACGGCCACACUAGUACUGUGCGAUGCUUGCAAAUCCUCAUGCCCACCGAGACCGGCCGAGACACUUCUGGACAGCCGAUUAUACAACCUGAAAAGCCGUUGAUUAUCACUGGAUCUCGGGACAGUCAGCUCCGGGUAUGGAGACUUCCUGAAGUGGGUUCACGAAGAUAUAUUCAAACGGGACCGCCAGCGCAAGAGUCCGACUGUCCGUACUUCAUCCGCGUUUUAAUGGGCCAUACGCACUCUGUACGAGCGAUAUCGGCCUAUGGAGACACCCUAGUAAGUGGUUCUUAUGACAGCACGGUGCGUGUAUGGCGAAUCAGCACCGGUGAAAUGCUGCAUGUACUCCGCGGGCACUCUCAGAAGGUGUACUCCGUUGUGCUUGACCACAAGCGAAACCGUUGCAUUUCUGGUUCUAUGGACUCGCUCGUCAAAAUUUGGGAUCUUGCGACUGGGGCUUGCCUAAACACGCUCGAGGGCCACACUCUUCUUGUUGGCCUCCUGGAUCUUCGAGAUGAGCGGCUUGUGUCAGCUGCUGCGGAUUCUACCCUUCGAGUUUGGGACCCUGAGAACGGCAGGUGUAGGCACACCCUCAUGGCACACACAGGAGCCAUCACCUGCUUCCAACACGAUGGCCAGAAGGUUAUCAGCGGCAGCGAAAAGACUGUAAAAAUGUGGGACGUCAAGACUGGCGAGUGUGUGCAGGAUUUGUUGACCGACCUUACUGGUGUAUGGCAGGUCAAGUUUGACGGGAGGCGAUGCGUGGCAGCUGUGCAACGUGACCAGCUGACUUACGUAGAGAUUUUGGAUUUUGGUGCCGUUCGCGACGGGCAAGCCCCUGAGGAACUGGGAAAACGUAUUUUGUUGAACGAACACGAAGUGCGAGAGAUUAUCGAAGAUGGAGCUGUAUGA